AUGGACAGUGUUUUAUCACCAUGGCAGCAAAGUGUAGAAGAUUGUAUCAACACUAUAUACCUUCUCUUCUCCGCCUACCUUGUCUUCAUCAUGCAGCUCGGCUUCGCUAUGCUCUGCGCUGGCUCAGUCCGAGCCAAAAACGCAAUGAACAUAAUGCUCACCAACGUCGUCGACGCUGUUGUCGGUAGUCUCUCUUUUUACCUUUUUGGCUUCGCUUUUGCUUUCGGUUCAGACUUCACCACCAACCCUUUCAUUGGCUCAACUUAUUUCGCUCUCAACAACGUACCCAACUCCUCUUACGAUUACAGCUUCUUCCUUUUCCAAUGGGCAUUCGCCAUUGCUGUGGCCGGUAUCACAAGUGGCUCCAUUGCUGAGAGAACCCAAUUCAGUGCUUACCUUGUCUUCUCCUUCUUCCUCUCUGGCUUUGUCUACCCAGUUGUAGUCCACUGGCUCUGGUCAACCCACGGCUGGCUCAGCCCGAGUUCCACCACCGGCUUACUUUUUGGUUCCGGUGCAAUCGAUUUUGCUGGAAGUGGCGUCGUUCAUUUGGUCGGUGGAGUCGCGGGUCUAUGGGGUUCCCUUGUUGAAGGCCCGCGGGUAGGUAGAUUCGACGCUUUUGGUCACCCCGUACCAAUGAGAGGUCAUAACGCCACACUUGUGGUUUUGGGUACCUUUUUGUUGUGGUUUGGGUGGUUCGGGUUCAACCCUGGUUCAUUUGAAAAGAUUUUAGUGGCUUAUCCAACCACUACUGACCAAGGUAACUGGACCGGAAUUGGCCGUGCAGCGGUUGUGACCACCCUUUCUGGUUCGACCGCCGGGAUUGUUACUCUGUUCGGGCGGCGGUUGUUGGUGGGUCACUGGAAUACUUUAGAUGUUUGCAAUGGAGUGCUUGGUGGCUUUGUCGCCAUCACAUCUGGCUGCGCAGUGGUGGAGCCAUGGGCCGGUGUGGUUUGUGGGUUUUUUGCAGCUUGGGUUUUAAUUGGGCUCAACAUUCUGGCCCUGAAGUUGCAAUAUGACGAUCCAUUAGAAGCGGCCCAAUUACAUGGAGGGUGUGGUGCUUGGGGAUUGAUAUUCACUGGGCUGUUUGCAAAGGAGGAGUUUGUCAUUCAAGCUUACGAUUCGGGAAAGAGUGGUGUGGUCAGGUCCUAUGGUGUCCUGAUGGGUGGAGGAUGGGGUCUGUUUGGAGCUCAAGUUGUCGAGCUUUUUGCGAUUGUGGGCUGGGUUAGUGUGACCAUGGGACCACUUUUCUAUAUUCUGCAUAAGCUUAGACUUUUGAGGAUCACUGUGGAUGAAGAAGUUGCUGGCUUAGAUAUCUCCAGCCAUGGAGGCUAUGCCUAUACUCAAACAGAAGAAAGCAAUGGUCGCUUCUACACAGAUUAUGUACGCAUGCAGAAUGAACAAUCUUGACCCUGUAUUUAUUGAUUUGUGUACAUAUAAUUAGCUUCUAGUAUCAUAUUACAACUCAAUUUGUUACUGAUGGAAGGCCGAAGGAGUUGAGCUACUUAUCAAUGAUAGUACGCCUCAAUGAGAAACUAAUAUAUGUGCACUUACCUUGGAAGGCAAGGUACCAGGUACCUAACAGAAAAACAUGUACCUUAACAAAAAUCAAUGGUGAUUUGACAAUAGCAAGCAAUGAAAGAUAUUAACAGGUGCAUGCAUGUAUACUAAAGAAAAAAACUUAGACAAGGAGAUAUAGCAGAGUAGAAAGUUGAAGCUUGAACUAUAUUUCAUCGCCAUAUUUAGGUUAAAUGUGAAACCAUAAACCAGCACCCGGACCAAUAAAAAAAAUGGCCAUAAUAAGGCAUUAUAUAUCCUAAUUCUUAGGACAUUUACAUAACCAAGGCCAGCAGAAAAUGCAGUUCAAAAUGUCUCGAAGGAAUUUACAAGUUACAACCAUGAUUGUUAUGUACAGAGUAUAUAGGCAACAUGCGGCUCACCGAACAUGAGCAUCGUAGGGAAUAUAUAUAGGAUCUGGAACAACAAGUGGCAGUCUAUCAAUGUACAUAAAUAACCUUUUGCGGUCCUCCCUCAAAAUCGUUGAUAAAUCAAUAGCAUCUGACUUUUCUGUGAAGACCCAAAGAUCUCCUGAAUCUACUCUCUUGAGGCUGUCCCUGCAGAAGGGGCAAGAUUGGGACCGUCCACGCCUAAAAGUAACAUGAAAAUUAUCAUUUAGUCCCAUUACAUAUAAGAAAGAAAGAAAGAAAAACAGCAGAAGAAACUAAACAUGCAUGUGUCAACAACAAGCAACACUUUUUGCUGAGAGUGAGGGGGUAAGCAAUGAAGUAAUAAUGCUUUGUGCAGGUACUGCCAUCUUUAUUCAUGGGAAAUACAUUACAGUUACACAUAUCUACUUUGGUAAAUUGUGUUGCCACAGAAGAAAUAUUAUUUAGGGACAAAGAAAAAAUUUCAAAGCUACGAAUAUGUAUUUAUAGAUUUUGUAAAGUUCCCUUAGUGUCAGCUAAGAUAAUUAACAAAAUGAUUUUGUUAACACAUUCAGGAGGGCUCAACUUACAACCCUCACUUCAUUGCACCCAUAAAAGUGAGCCCAUGGUGCAUUAUGCUUUUUCUAUGUUCUUAGUUUGUAGAGAACAACCGGUACUUGAAAGAAGUAAAGGAAAAGCAAGAACUUACCAAUCACGAUAACAUUUUAAACACAUUGAAUGGCUGCAGUUGGGCAAUACAAAUUUUUUGUUCACCUCCAUGCAAAUCCCACAUUCUUCUUCUCUCUCUUUGUCAGCCUCAGACAGCUUACCCUUCUCCAACUCAUCUCUUCUUUUGUAUCUAACAUUGCAUACCUCUUUCUGUUUCCUGUCCUCCAAAUCAGUAAUGCCCUUCUGAAGUUGCAACAGAGAAGGAAAUAUAAUAGC